CGCAAUUCUUCAGGGCUGCGGCCCGGGACUAUUUUUCAGCAACUGCAACUGUAGAUUUUCUGCGUAAAUGAGCCACAAAUAAUGAGAGGCCACCUUGAGGUAUGUAUUCAAGCUGUCGCAGUUGUGUUUUUCUCCCUUCCAUUGCACCUCUUUCUGCAGCAGCAUGAUGAGUUUAUCUUUAUUGGAGCUGUCCGAGCCAAUUAUGCGGACAAAUCUUUUAUACGCAUUUUUUACCUGAUUCUGCUUGUUACUUUUCUACUUGUCAUUAUCACAACUUGUCGGAUGGAUUAUUCUGACUGUGAGUAGACAUUACAGGGCCCUAGUGAAAACAUCUUUCAACCUCCUUGAUUUGGACCGACAGAGAACAAAGCAACGACCAGACCACAACAACAGCAGAUCCCCUGAAGAAACUCAACGCGUAAAAACAGAAAAAA